GGGGGCUGCGCAUCAUACGACACCGUUCACAUACCUCCUUCUCUACAACGACCUCAGCCUUACGACAUAGAAAAGUCACGAUCGGUCAAGAUGCCUUUUUUUCCUAGCGCUGGCUCGCCUCGCCUUCGGGCGAUCCAGAUCUGCCAACUCGGCAUUGUGUCCCUCACCAUUCUCGCCACAUUGCUCACGGCAGUAAUUCCGUCGAAGCACACAGCCUUCACUUUCGGCCUCCUCUACCCCCUCAUUUUGACUUCCAUCACGACCACCAUCCUGGUGCGCAAGGAGCAGAUUCGUGCUCUCAACGGUACCCUGAACAAGGACAAGUAUGUCAAGUACCAGCUAUUCAAAAUCAUCGCCGCUGCAGGUCUAUAUGUUGUAGGCUUCAUUGCGCAACUUGUCACAUCUAGUGGUAACGAAGUGAGGAAGCCGGGUGAGCAAGGGUUGUGGAUUGGUGGAGUGAAGGUAAAUAAGUGGCAGGGGGCGAUUCUGUGGAUGAGUUUCUUCAACUGGGUCUUCUUGUGGGCUAGCUUGUUCUACUCCUGCUGCAUGACGGGUCAGAGACAGGGAGCCAUCGCUCUCGCAGGCGAGGAGGCGCAGAUUGGAUUGGACUCUGAGACCCAGAGCGACGAGGCUAUUGCCCGCAGUCUGCAGGCUGAGGACCCGAACUGGCAGGGUUAGAGAGGCUUGUCGCGAUAUACUAUACUGCGGAUCGCGUGAUGGGCUUACAGCCCUACGGAUCAAUGCCAGGCUAUGUAUGUGGUGCAGAUUCAACAAGUCACAAUGUUGCGUUAUCAGAUUAAGGAGCAAGGCGUUGGUGGAGAGUAUUUGAACGAAGUUCCUUGCCCAUCGCCUUCCAGGCCACCAUUUUUAUCAACACCUUCUCGUAGUAGGAUCUGAAUUAGUAGUAGAUACAAGGCGCAUUACGUAUUGCGAUCAUGCUUCAUCGCCUAUCAUUACCAUACAUCCAAAACAAAUCAAAUAACAGCGUCUCCUAAGCUCUGGUCGCUUCAUUGCCCG